AUGGAGAUGGGUUUCCAUGAAAAUGAGCUAAUUCAAGAAUCUGCGAAUCUAAUGGAGAUUGGAUCUGGGCAUUACGGGUGCUCGCAUUAUAGAAGACGAUGCAAGAUUAGAGCUCCAUGUUGUGAUGAAAUUUUCGAUUGCAGACAUUGCCACAACGAAGCUAAGGAUUCUCUUCAAACCGAACAGCUUCAUAGACAUGAUCUUCCUCGACAUGAAGUUUCAAAGGUCGUAUGCUCGCUGUGUGAGACAGAACAAGACGUCCAACAAAACUGCUCCAACUGUGGUGUAUGUAUGGGGAAGUACUUCUGCUCAAAAUGCAAAUUCUUCGACGAUGAUCUUUCCAAGAAGCAAUAUCACUGCGAUGAGUGUGGCAUUUGCAGGACCGGAGGAGAAGAAAACUUCUUCCACUGCAAAAGAUGUCGAUGUUGCUACUCCAAAGUUAUGGAGGACAAACACAGAUGCGUCGAAGGUGCAAUGCAUCACAAUUGUCCAGUUUGUUUUGAGUAUCUGUUUGAUUCCACAAGAGAUAUAACCGUCUUGCCAUGUGGCCACACAAUGCAUUUAGAAUGCACAAAAGAUAUGGGGCUACAUAACCGAUACACAUGCCCUGUAUGCUCCAAAUCCAUAUGUGACAUGUCCAGUUUGUGGAAGAAACUUGAUGAAGAGGUUGCUGCAUAUCCAAUGCCAAAACUGUACGAAAACAAGAUGGUAUGGAUUCUUUGCAAUGACUGUGGCUCGAACACAAACGUUCGGUUUCAUUUGAUAGCGCAUAAAUGCAGUAGCUGUGGCUCCUACAACACUAGACAGACGCAGAGAAGCUCCUCUGAUCAUUCUUGCUCCUCUGGAUUGCCUCAGGUUGUUGGUUCGACCGGUUAA